CAUGCUGAAUGAUUAGCUAAUGGAAAGAGUUGGAGGACCGGACGGACUCUGGUCCUCCAGCCAAUCAGAGCGCGGGCUUUGUGUGAAUGAAGGUUGAGCUUCACAGACUAAAACUUCCUCCUGUGUCCAACAUCUGAUACUAGAAGGGGAGGAAUUGUAGACACAAAUCACAAACCAAAUUGCAUGUCAAAUCUGACAGAGUCACUUGAUUUACCGGGACCUGAAUAUCAUUGGCUUUUCAAUGUGGAAGGAGAAAUGUUUCCCUGUUCUGCCUGCUUCAAAAGGUACAAAAGACCCAUGUGACUGGGACAGCAGCAAGACACACACAUACCCGAGUGAGAGUGUUCCAAUGCACUGACUGUGGAAAUAGGUUUAACCAGUUAUAGUUGAAAAAACAUCACACCUUUCACAGUGAGGAGAGACAUCAUAUAUGUUCUGUGUGAGGACAAGGGUUCAACUGAUCGUCGGACCUGGGAAGACACAAGGGCAUCCACAUCAUGGAGAAACCAUGGGAAUGUGGGGACUGUGGGAAGGGAUUCAAAACCCCAUCUAAGCUGGAGAUUCAUCGAUGCAGUCACACUGGAGAGAGGCCAUUCACCUGCUUUGUGUGUGAGAAGGGAUUCAGAGAUUUAUACACCCUGCGGUCACACAAGCGAGUUCACUCUGGGGAGAGGCCAUUUACCUGCUGUGUGUGUGGGAAGCGAUUCACUCAGUUAUCCAUCCUUCGGAGACACCAUGUCACUCACACCAAUGAGAGACCCUUUCAAUGCUCUGACUGUGGCAGUGGCUUUAAAAGUGCUGCAGUUCUGAGGGUCCACCAGCGCAUUCACACUGAGGAAAGACCAUUCAGCUGUUCUCGCUGUGCGAUGAGAUUCAGCACAUCAUCCAAUCUGGGGACACAUCAGCGAGUUCACACCGGGGAGAAGCCGUUCACCAGCUCCAUGUGUGGGCAGGGAUGUACUCGAUUAUUCCACCUGCUGCAACAUCAGCGAGUUCAUACUGGAGAGAAGCCAUUCACCUUCUCUGAGUGCCAGAAGGUGUUCGGUGAUUCAUCUGACCUCCUCACAAACCAACAAAAUCACAUUGGGGAGAAGCCGUUCACCUGCUCCAUGUGUGGGAAGGGAUUCACUCAGUCACCACACCUGCUGAGACACCAGCGAGUUCACAAGUGAUUCCAGGGGUUGGAUUCUG